AUGGCGUCUGUGACCAACAACGACACCAGUACCAAUAUCUACGAAACGAUGCCUGACUCGAUGCCUGACCCGCUGGCUCACCGUCGUCCUCCCGAUGUUCCACCGCCGACUAAGGCAGCAAACAUAGAGGAGAAAACGAGUAAGCGUGAGUACGGUUUCAUCAAAGCUUUCCGAAAGAAACUGGGGUAUGUGGGCUUGGCGUUUUUGGCCUGCAUCCCCAUUGUUUAUCUCGCCCUAGCCUUCAGUACUGGGCAGAGUGACCACCACAUUGUACCCGAAUUUGGCAACCUCCCAAACCGUUCGGCGCUGAUAUGGAAAACCUGGGUUAAAAGCUUCCUGGCCCGCGAAGCACGUCCUCAUGGACACAUACCGACGACUACUACUAGCCCAUUCGGUGGCAUCACAACAAAUCUACCGUACACCUCCAAGAAGCAAGACCUCGACUUCUCGAUCAUGCCUGUGACCGUGAACAUAACAGCAAUGCCCGACAUCCAAACAGAAGAACCAGACUACCCCACCACAUUCACCGCAACCAGAGGGCAAAAUUCCACGGCCAUGCCGCGGGGAACCGUUGCAAACGACCGGCGGCUGCCGUCCGUUAGCGCACCGCUGCUACCAGCGAUGGAGCCGACUGGAGUCACAACAGUUCCCCGGGCAACUCCGCCAGCAGAGCUGCAGACCACUCGCUCUAAGCCACCGAUUGACGUUACAAUGAUGUCAACUUCUGACACAAGUGAGAAGCAACAUCUCUUCUCUCAGAAAACGUCUGCAACUCCAAAAACACAGAUGGUAACAGCAACGCUGAAAUCUGGGAUGCACACAGAAGACCUGGCUCGUACGGUGAAGUACAACUCCACCAAAGGGAGCUAUCCAAAGGCUAUGGCACAGGGAGUUGGAACUGUCACAGACUACCGACACCCUCGCCCCACUGUUCCCUCAGUACAUCACUCUACUAGCUCCAGUGAGCAGUCAGAUGUGUCUCCGACUCCGAAAUCAACGAAUACGACAACAGCGCCAAUAUCGGAAGGGCCGGCCCGCAUACCCAACUUCACCACGGUCGCCCAGAGAUCAGGGCGCUAUCCUCCGGCUAUGGUACAGGGAGCUUUUACCGAUUCCCAACAGCCGCCACGUGUACCCAGUACUGCACCGCUACCACCAGAGAUGGAGACGCCUAGAGUCGUAACAGGUCCCCGGGCUCUCUCGAAGGUGACACCGCCAGCAGAGCUACAGGCCACUCGCUCUAAACCACCCACUGCCGUUACAAUGAUGUCAACUACCGACAUAAGUGAGAAGCAACAUCUCUUCUCUCAGAAAACUUCUGCGACUCCGAAAACACUGAAAGUAACAACAACGCCGAUAUCUGGUAUGAACAAAGAAGACCCGGCUCGUACGGUGAAGUACAACUCCACCAAAGGGAGCUAUCCAAAGGCUACGGCAGAGGGACCUGGAACUGUCACAGACUACCGACACCCUCGCCCCACUGUUCCCUCAGUACAUCCCUCUACUAGCUCCAGUGAGCAGUCAGAUGUUCCUCCGACUCCGAAAUCACCGAAUACAACAACAGCGCCGAUAUCGGAAGGCCCGGUCCGCAUACCCAACAACUACACGACGGUCGCCCAGACUACAGGCCGCUAUCCUCCUGCUAUGGCACAGGGAUCUUUUACCUACUCCCGACAGCCGCCACGUGUACCCAGUACUGUACCGUUCCCACCAGAGAUGGAGACGCCUAGAGUCAUAACAGGUCCCCGGGCUUUCUCGAAGACAACGCCGCCAGCAGAGCUACAGACCACUCGCUCUAAACCACCCACUGCCGUUACAAUGAUGUCAACUACUGGCGGUGGAACGCAACAACUCGACUCUCAGAAAUCGUUUGCGACUCCGAAAACACCGAACGCAACAACAACGCCGAUAUCUGGUAUGCACACAGAAGACCCGGCUCGUACGGUGAAGUACAACUCCACCAAAGGGAGCUAUCCAAAGGUUACGGGACAGGGAGCUAUUGCUGGAAACUAUCCUUCUUAUAAGGGCCAGGCCGUUACACACAGGCAACAGAUACAGAGCAAAACCUCAACCUUUAUUGAUCCAAAGCUGGCGACUCAGCUACCUGAGAUUACGAACGACUUGGGGCUUGUCUCUGAUCAACCGAAGGGAACUAUGGCUCCGACAAUAACAAGUGAACGCCCUCUCUCCACUGUAACAUCACAUACUUCGGAACAGCAGGUCAAGCGACGGGAGGGUGGUAAAAGAUCUGGUUCGAAUGGGGAGGGUGAAACCAAAGCCGACAGUAGAAAGACUAUCCGUGGACUCAUGGCGACUGCGACCAACAACGGCGCCCAUGACAGUGUCUACGCCACGAUUUCUGACUCGGCCUUCGACCCGCUGGCUCGCUGUCGUCCUCCCGAUGUUCAAGCGCCGACUAAGCCAGCAAACAUCAAGAAGAAAGCACGUAAGUAUGCGUACCGGAUCUCCAAAGCUUUCCGAAAGAAACUGCCCAUGUAUGUCGGCUCGGCGUUGUUGGCCUGCAUCCCCGUUGUCAUUCUCGUCCUAGUCUUCAGUACUGGGCAGAGUCACCACUACAUUGUACCCGAAUUUGGCUACCUUCCAAACCGUUCGGCGCUGAUAUGGAAAACCUGGGGAAAAAGCUUUCCGACCCUCGAAGCACACGGACAGAUACCGAUGACUACCGAAGAACCAGGCUACCCCACCACAUCCACCGCAAACAGUGAGCGCUAUUUUACGGCCAUGGUGCGGGGAACCGUUGCAAACAACCGGCGGCUGCCGUCCGUUAGCGUAACGCUGCUACCAGCGAUGGAGCCGACUGGAGUCACAACAGGUCCCCAGGCUUUCUCCAAGGCAACGCCGCCAGCAGAGCUGCAGACCACUCGCUCUAAACCACCCGCUGCCGUUACAAUGAUGCCAACUACCGACACAAAUGAGAAGCAACAUCUCUUCUCUAAGAAAACACCUGCGACUCCGAAAAUACUGAACGCAACCAGUACUGCACCGUUACCCUCAGAGAUGGAGAUGCCUAGAGUCACAACAGGUCCCCGGGCUUUCUCCAAGGCAACGACGCAAGCAGAGCUGCAGACCACUCGCUCUAAACCACCAAGAGCCAAUAAAAUGAUGUCAACUACUGACACAACUGCCACGAUCGCUACCACCAGAGACAGAGCCACUUACAGUCGUAACAGGUUCCCGGGCUUUCGCCGAGACAUCGUCACCGGUCGUGCUGUCGGUCCCUCGCCCCAAACCUACCAAAGUCCCCCGCCCAAUCCUGCCAUCUAG